AUGUCAAACAUGACCCCCAGCCAGCGUGGCAGAGAGUGGGAGAACCUGGAGCUGUGUGCUGUUCUAUUGAAACUGGGCAGUAGGAGAACCUGGAGCUAUGUUUUCUGUUGUGGUUCCGUUGUUCCACAGGUUCUGGAGUUCCUGUGUAGUCCAGACGACGACUCCAGACACACAGAGAGACAACAGGUGCUGUUGGAGCUGCUGCAGGUGGGAGGUGUGGUCCAGUUUGAUGAGGGACGACUACUGGGACUGGCUGAGAAGGCAGAGUUCUACCAGAUCUGUGAGUUUCUGUAUGAGCAGAAGCAUCUGUAUGAUAAGAUUCUGGACUGCUACCUCAGAGACCCUCUGAGAAAGGAAGAGAUCUUUAACUACAUCCACAACCUGCUGUCCAUGCCUGGCUACAGCUCAGAGGAGAAACACUGUGUCUGGGAGAAGGCCCUGCUGCACAUUGCGGAGCUGGUGACCCUUGACCCUGCCAAGUCAGCUGACCUGGUGGCCAUGCAUUUCCCUGAGGAAGUACGACCCAUCAUCACCAGACUACAGGAUGAUCACCUAGUGUUCCAGUUCCUGAGGUGUCUUUUGGACCAGAGUGCUACCUCCAGGGAAGGCCCUCAUCCCCAGGCUCUCCUAAGACUGAGCCCCGACCUGCAUGAGCUCCACAUCGGCUUGCUGUGCCGAUUCACUCCCCGGCAGCUCACUGACUUCCUCAAGGCCUCUCAGGACUACAGACUAGAGGAGGCCGUCCAGAUAACAGAACAGUACCAGGUCCAUGAAGCUACAUCCUAUCUGUUGGAAAAGAAAGGUGAUUCUCAUGGAGCCUUCCAGGUCCUGCUGAAGACGCUGAAGGACAAACUCAGCGCUGUCACCUCAGAGAAAAGGAGUGAAGAGGAGGGGGAGACCGACAGGGAGGAAGAGAGUCCACUGCAGAGAGUGGAGGGGUCACUGGGUGACAUCAUCGCUCUGUGUCACAGGAGCUCCCAGAGUCUCAACCAAGAACAGAGAGGGGUGCUGUGGUUCCCUCUGCUAGAAGCUAUGAUGUCACCACAGAAGCUGCUCAGGGGACCGGACACACGCACUACAUCAGAGGUAUUGAAGGAGCUCACCAUGAAGGUCCUGAACAGUAUGAGUAGCUUCAUCCCCCUGCCUGCUAUCAUCCAGCGCAUUCUACAGGACCCUGUGUAUGGUAAAGGAAAGUUGGCUGAGAUACAAGGCCUUAUUCUGGGUAUGCUGGAGACCUUCAACUAUGAACAGACGUUACUGGAGACGACCACCAGUCUGUUGAACCAUGACCUCCACUGGUCCCUAUCUCACCUGCGAGCGGCGGUCAGCAGGGGGCUCCACCCCCGUCAGGACCACUGUAACAUCUGCCUGCAGCAGUACAGGAGACGUCAGGACAGCCCAGAUGACAUCAUCAUAUUCAGCUGCGGCCACCUGUACCACUGCCAGUGUCUGCAGAGGAAGGGGAGUGGCCACGCGGAGCCCAGGUUGCUGCAGGUCUGGAGCUGCUACAAGUGUAUCUCCUCACAGAGAGGGAGGGGCGGGGACAGGGUCACCAUGGAGACCGGGAGGGGGCGAAGCACCUCCCUCGCACAGACCAACGUGAUGUCCAGGGAAGCAGGGGAUGAUGGGAAAAAGGUGUUUGCUGAGACCACGUUGGACCCCCAGCAGAGUCAGUCCUGGGACCAUCUACGAUGUCUCUACAGAGGACCUUCCAGGUUGGCCAUCCUGUCGGAAAUCUCCCACUGCCAUGGCAACGAGAAGGCGGGCCUCCUAAACCCCUCCCAACCAGGAACAGGAAGUAUAUUCCACAGCGAGAACUUCCAGCUCAAACUCUCCCCACCGCCAUCGGUUGAAGAGUAGCUUGCCUACAGCCAUGUUCAGUAUGAUGACGUUGUGGAACUUUCAGAUAGAAAUAUUUUAUGUAGAACAGACACGAUGUCCUGGUCAGGUAGAAUAGGCUGUUCCCUCUAUUUGUUAUAUUUCUGACUGAAGACACCCCUGUUGUUUCUGUUGUUGAUUAAACACUACCAGGGAUUAUACUCUUGUUGAACAAAAUCCACGUUAUCCACUGUCUGGGCUGAUAUUUGAAAUGGUAUCGAUCAAAUGUUAUGUUUCUGUCUGCAAAAUGUCCAUAAAUAAACCAAUUUGUAACGUUUAA